GGGCCUCCACAGCCACGCUUUGAAGUGUCACAUGCGAUGGGAACCUUUUUCGGAACAUCUUCCCUGAUGCAGUCAAGAUUUACUUAUGUGACAAGGGGACAAGCAGCUUUUCGUCACCAGAUGUCGUUGCGGGCGUGAAAAACAAAAUGGAAAUGUUUUUUUCGCUAACACAAACCACGUCCAGUACUCUCCGUUCCGUUACUCAAAGUGGACCGCGAUCCACAUCCUUGAAGGAUGGAUUCAGGUGUUCGCUCGCCUAUACGUCUUGCGGGCUUCUGAGGAUGCGGUCGCAAUGGCAGAUGAGACGUGAAGGAGCAAAUCAAGGUGGCCCGGGGGUCCGAAAGAGAGCCCACGUCGGCCGUGCGCUUGCUGCGGUCACGCGGCCCCCUUGUUUACGUGGAGCCACGUGGCGUUUCGGGAGGGUGCGUGAGUGACGAGCCAAAUCACAAUUUAAGUGUUUUCAGCAUCACACGAACCGAUAGAAAGCGGUUCUUUGCUGUCUCGCCGCAUCGGGGAUGAUGAGUGCUCCCAAGUUUCCGAAGCCUUUCAGGACCACGGCCAGAUCCACGACCAGAACAAAAGACGGAUUCGCUUGGCUGGAUGUCAGGGAGCGUCCGGAAAUGUAUGGUCACCGCAAAGCGAAGAAUAAGAGUUCUCAGCUGCUCGUCACGACGUUUGCUGAUUUUCUGCACGUAUGGAACUUUAUUUUUUUUUCUUGAUCUUGCCACAUCAAAUUAUAGCACAUAUUGUACACACGUGGGUCAGUCCUGAGUUGGCGGACUAUUCAUCCAAUUCAACCGUCACUGGUGAGAAAACAAAGUCAUUGGUUGGGUGUCAUUUGUUGAAAAUAUUUCAUGAAGGUUGCUGAAUAAAUCAUACACAACAGUCACGUUUGAUUUUAAUCCUAUUUUAGCAUUCCUAGAGUUAGCGUUAGCAUCAUUGCUACUUGCGAACGGGCCACGAGCGAUUGGUGCUUUCCUCCGAUGGCUGCCGGCUAGUGAAUUAGCGUCUAAACUGCUCACGUUUACACGGGUUGGCAAACUCUGCUCGCCUUUUCACGCUUUCCACUUCAUCCCUCGGGUGCGACUCGUUCCAAUGAUUCGACGGGUUUCUUGUAUUGCCUUCGUUUUGGACGACAUAGCACGCGCUACAGCUUCCUUCUCCACGUAGCUAGUGAGUGAACUUCUCUUGUACAAAUCGCUUCAUCUUCGGCAAUCAUGGCUGCCCACCAGCUGCGCGUGUCAAGCUGUACGUUUGGUCCCUUCGUUAGCAUGACUUUCUGUUUACGGCUUCUUCUUUCAUUUGUUGGCGGUUUCUGUUGCUUUCAACUUGCAAACCAAUGUUAGAAGGGGCGCACAUUUCCGCCACGUCUGAGUGAGUCAAUCUGUUCACAGGUCGCCGGUCUGUCUCUCUGCGGCCCGGGUGCCGGUCCACGUAUCGGUGGUUGGGGACCCCUGGUGUACCUCAUCGAAAUAAUUAAUGAUAAUAAUAAUAAUAAUAAUAAUAAUAAUAAUAAUAUUUGCAAGUAUCUCAGUGACGGUCCCUGAUGCUUGACUGGCCCCGCCCACUGGAAGGAUGGAGCGAGAUGGACGGGGAGGGAGACACCGGCUUACGACGUCAAAGGAGUACGCGCACGCGCGCGCGUCGCAUACCGACCACACGCUCAGAGGAUACAGGAGAACCGACGGACUGCCAAUUCCCGGCGCUCCACGGAAGGAAGGCGCAAUAUCCAUCCGUGCCAACACAUUGACGUCGUCCGGCGAGACAUUUGGGCGAUUUAUGUUUUCGGAAAGAACAGAGCAAUCUCUGGAGCGUCACGCGAGAGGAGUGGGGGGAAAACGCGCUCCUUUCCCGAAUGAAGGGUUUUGUAGAUUUGCUUUCGAAAGGGAUUUCAAGAGCCACCAGUAGUCAAAUGAACUGAAUCGUCGAGACCGAACAAGUCCGAGGCGGAAGACGGGAAGACGUCCACUGUUUGCGUCGAUUCUUUGCCGAGAGCAGCACCACAGACUCUCAAUGAAGGAGCCGGACGCAAUCAAGCUCUUCAUUGGGCAAAUACCCCGCAACCUGGAGGAAAAGGACCUGAAGCCCAUUUUUGAGCAAUUCGGCAAGAUUUACGAGCUGACGGUGAUCAAGGACAAAUACACGGGCAUGCACAAAGGAUGCGCCUUCCUGACUUACUGCGCCCGUGAGUCGGCCCUCAAAGCCCAGAAUGCGCUGCACGAGCAGAAGACGCUGCCGGGGAUGAACCGCCCAAUCCAGGUGAAGCCAGCAGACAGUGAGAGUAGAGGGGAAGACAGGAAGCUGUUUGUGGGCAUGCUGGGAAAGCAGCAGACGGACCCUGACGUGAGAAAGAUGUUUGAAGCGUUCGGCAGCAUCGAGGAGUGCACGGUGCUCCGCGGGCCCGACGGAACCAGCAAAGGAUGCGCAUUUGUCAAGUUCCACAGCAACGUCGAGGCCCAAGCCGCUAUCAACGCUCUGCACGGGAGUCGAACUCUACCGGGAGCCUCAUCCAGUCUGGUGGUGAAGUUUGCCGAUUCGGAGAAGGAGCGGGGGCUCCGGCGAAUGCAGCAGGUGGCCUCUCAGCUGGGAGUCAUCGGUCCCAUGACCCUGCACCUCGGGGCCUACAACGCCUACGCGCAAGCUUUGAUGCAGCAGCAGCAGGCGCUGGUCGCCCAGUCGGCCUACCUCUCUCCCGUCGCCACGGUGGCGGCCGUUCAGAUGCAACAGCUGGCCGCCCUCAACCCCAGCGGCAUCAUCGCCACGCCGAUCGCAUCCAUCACCCCCUCCUCAGGUACCAGCACGCCGCCGUCCAUCGCCGCCACCCCGGUUCCCGCUCUGCCGCCACCCAUCGCCGUGAGCGGCUACCCCUCGGCGGCGGCACCGCCCAGCGGCCAGUCGGCGACCGAGGCCUUGUACGCCAACGGGGUCCACGCCUAUCAAGCUCCGAGUCCUGUGUUGGACCCCCUGCAGCAAGCGUACGCGGGCAUGCAGCACUACACAGCCACCUAUCCUGCCGCCUACAGCCUGGUGGGGCAGCCGUUCCCCCACCAACCCACCCUGGUAGCCCAGCAGCCGCAGCAGGCGCAGCAGCUACAGCAACGUGAAGGUCCCGAAGGCUGCAACAUCUUCAUCUACCACCUGCCUCAGGAGUUCACCGACUCGGAGAUCCUGCAAAUGUUCUUGCCCUUUGGAAAUGUCAUCUCGGCCAAGGUCUUUGUCGACCGCGCCACCAACCAAAGCAAAUGCUUCGGCUUUGUGAGCUUUGACAACCCCUCCAGCGCUCAGACCGCCAUCCAAGCCAUGAAUGGCUUCCAGAUCGGCAUGAAGAGACUCAAGGUGCAACUGAAGAGGCCCAAGGAUGCCAACAGACCUUAUUGAGAGGAGGACAAUGUAAGAGUUCAAUCAAGAAAACCACCUCGGGAUGUCCCAGCCUUGUAUGGUUGUUUGACCAACCACAAUAGCACAUAGGAGCAACACUUCUUACACACACACACACACACACACACACACACA